GUUUGUCAUCACAGACCUACUUUUCUUGACUGCUACUGCUGGCUUCCUCAAAGUAUCAUAAUCUCAGCUCUCUUCCAUCACUUUCUCGCAAACUUGCAAUUUUCAAUUUCAGAGCUCUCUCUCUCUCAAAUGGCAGCCUUUUCAUACCAACACCACUGUUUUCAUCUUGACUCGGUUUUCUUGCCAAACACUUCCAUUAAGAAUCUGUCCGGCUUUAUGGAGGAAGAGAACAUCAAUACCAGCUGCUUUUCCCAAUUUGAGCCUCCUGAACUUCCCCUUCAAAUUCCUCUUGAUGUUAGAUUUAAGGACACUAGUCGUCUUGAUCAAAGCUCUAUGCUUGCUCCUUGUGAUAAUGAGCCUUCUGUGACCAAGAAACAGAGCACAGACAACUCCACUGUGGUAGAUAAGCUUGAAAGCGGUGAGCAAGUUACCCAGAAGGUGCCUCCUAUGGACAAGAAGAGGAAGCAUGCAAAUGAGUCAUCUUUGAAUUCCGCUCAAUCAAAGGAUGCUAGAGAUGGAAAAAGCAAGAAACAAAAGAAAUGCAAUAUUAGUGAAUUGAAGGAUGAAGAUAAGAGGCCUAAAGCUGAGAAGAAAGUCCCUGAAGAGCCCCCAACAGGUUACAUUCAUGUAAGAGCAAGGAGGGGCCAAGCAACAGACAGCCACAGCCUUGCAGAGAGGGUAAGAAGAGAGAAAAUUAGCGAGAGGAUGAAGAUUUUGCAACAACUUGUUCCUGGCUGUGACAAGGUAACUGGAAAGGCCCUCAUGUUGGAUGAAAUUAUUAAUUAUGUCCAGUCUCUACAGAAUCAAGUGGAGUUCCUUUCCAUGAAGCUUGCUUCCGUUAAUCCUUUGUUCUAUAACUUUGGAAUGGAUCUAGAUGCAUUGAUGGUCAACAGUAUAGAGGGAUUGAGUAGCUUGGCAUCAUCAUCCCCACCUAUGCAGCAAUGCAACCCGACCCAGCCAACAGAUUUUGCUGAUGCGGCCACCACCACUACCUUUGCCACGGCAAAUAACUAUCCUUUCAUUGAUAAUUCAUCAGCAUCAAUACUAAUUCAAGGGCAAAGGCCUAAUGACUUCAUUCAUGAGGUUAGUGGUACUGAUCUAUUGUGGAACGUAGAUGAACAAGGACAAAAAUUUCUUAAUCCAUCUGGGUUCAGCAACAAAUUGUGUUCUUUCCAUUAAAAUAAUACCAGAUCGAGCUGCCCUACAAACAUCUGCAAUGGGAUCGAUGUCAAAGCCAGAGAGAAAGAAGAAACACAAAGACAUGAUAAAAGUCAAAACGUACGAGGCUUCUUUAAUUUGUUCUUGUAGCAUAAGUUCCAAUGGAGAGGGCUUCUGCAUCUUCAAUCAAAAGCUCUGGUUCCAAGUCCAAUAACAGUAAAAAAGUGGCAUCUAAAACAUGAAUAAAGGGCAGCAAAAUCAAUGGAGGAAGAUCAUAAAGGACAUAUACAACCGACCAAAUAAGACCAGAUCUUUUUCUAGAUACCUUGUUCUUGUCUAUUUUCAACAAUUCAUAACUCUCUUCCAUGCACAAAUACCAAGGACCAUGUUUGGUGGUUAAGCCUAACUCUAGGAGCUAUUUUGCAUGGAAAGCUAGCAUAGUAUAUUUAAGUUCCUGUUAUGGAAUUGGAAUUGAAUCAUUGUGGUUACAGUUAUUCGGUUAUUGUUGUUAUUUUUACUGUUGCCUCUUGAGUUUGAGAGAGGGGUAAAGGAGAUGCUGUUACUGUAAUUGACAUGACUAGUUAUGCAAAUAUUUUUGGGUACAGUUGGCUCA